AUGAAGAAAUGGUACGGUGGUGUUCUAUCCACAUCCUUCUUGAUGUUAUUGGUUCUUGGUUAUUACGUCAUAACAAAUCCCAUCAAGGAAGGUUACGUCCCAAUUCCUUCGUACUUCAAUGCAACAAAUCCCCUUGAGUGGAUAAAUCCAGGCGCUCCUCCAGCACUUCAGAAUCCAGUAAACAAUUCAAAGUUGAUAUCUACUGGAGCUCUAGUUUCUGAUCUCUUUUCUCAAAGGAACUUAUCCAGUGAAGAGCUAAAUUCCUUACAUACAUGGAACAGCUUGAAACACUUGAUUAGUCAUGCUCAGGGAUUACCUAAUGCUGUUGAGGCUAUAAAAGAAGCCGGUGUUGCAUGGAGCAAUCUAAUGGCUUCAACUGAAGAGGAAAAGCUUCAUAUGAAUGGGAGUUCACAGAGGAGAGGAAAAGAUAAACAAUGUCCACAUUUUCUUAGUAAAAUAAAUGCCACAGAACUUGAUGAUCGGGGAUUUAAGUUGCGGGUUCCUUGUGGCUUGACUCAAGGUUCUUCAAUCACAAUUAUUGGCAUUCCAAAUGGUCUACUUGGCAAUUUCCGGAUUGAUUUGACUGGUGAACAGAUUCCAGGAGAGACAGAGGCUCCUAUUAUUCUGCAUUAUAAUGUUAGGCUCCAUGGUGAUAAGAUAACUGAUGAUCCUGUAAUAGUCCAAAACACCUGGACAGCUAUGCAUGAUUGGGGUGAAGAGGAACGGUGUCCUUCUCCUAAUACUGAGAAGAAUAAGAAAGUCGAUGCUCUGGAGCAAUGCAGUGAGAUGAUUGGUAAAGAUAAUAAUCGGAGUAUCAAGGCUAACAGACGUGCCAAUGAGUCAUCAAGGAUUUCUAUGUUUCAGGAUGGGGAACAAAAAAAGUACUUUCCAUUCAGGCAAAAUGAUCUGUUUGUAGCUACACUCAGGGUCGGAUUAGAGGGGAUCCAGAUGACAGUUGAUGGGAAGCAUGUCACAUCAUUUGGUUUCCGUGAAACUUUAGAGCCAUGGGUGGUCAGUGAAGCUAGGAUUUCAGGUGAUAUAAAUUUAAUUUCUGUUGUCGCAAGUGGGUUACCAACAUCGGAGGAUUUAGAGCAUAUAAUUGACUUGGAAACUCUUAAAGCAACUAAACUUCCUCCACGAAAACAACUGAAACUCUUUAUUGGAGUUUUUUCUACUGCCAAUAAUUUCAAGCGUAGAAUGGCAGUUCGAAGAUCAUGGAUGCAGUAUGCGGCAGUGCGAUCUGGACAAGUUGCAGUUCGUUUCUUCGUUGGGCUGCAUAAAAACCAGAUGGUGAAUGAAGAGCUCUGGAAUGAAGCGCGAACAUAUGAAGAUAUCCAGCUGAUGCCUUUUGUUGACUACUAUAGCCUUAUAACAUGGAAGACCAUAGCCAUCUGCAUAUUUGGGACAGAAGCAGUUUCAGCUAAGUUCAUAAUGAAGACAGACGAUGAUGCAUUUGUUCGCGUCGAUGAGAUCUUGGCUUCUUUAGAUAGGAUAAAUGUGAAUCGUGGUCUGCUAUACGGUCUCAUAAAUUCAGAUUCACACCCUCACCGAAAUACAGAGAGCAAGUGGUAUAUUAGUCCCGAGGAGUGGCCUGAAGAUACCUAUCCUCCUUGGGCACAUGGUCCGGGUUAUGUUGUGUCAAGUGAUAUAGCAAAGAUGGUUUACAAGAAGCACAAAAGAGGUGACCUGAAGAUUUUCAAGCUGGAAGAUGUUGCUAUGGGAAUCUGGAUUUCAGAUAUGAAGAAGAGCGGCUUGGAAGUUAGGUACGAGAAGGAAGAGAGAAUUUUUAACGAGGGCUGCAAGGAUGGUUACGUCAUUGCUCACUAUCAAGGUCCUCGAGAGAUGCUCUGUCUGUGGCAGAAAAUUCAAGAAAAUAAGCGUGCUAACUGUUGUGGCGAUUAA